CGCACAGCCCGGCUCUGACACCAGGACAACAUUCCAUCUGGCCUCCACUCACUCCUGGCAAACCUGUCAGGACCAAAGUGCAUCAGCCAGCAGCAUGGCUACAAAAUGCUCCAAGUGUGGCCCUGGCUACCCCACCCCUCAAGAGGCCAUGAAAGGACCCCGAGAGGAGAUCAUCUAUGUGCCCUGUAUUUACCGAAACACCUGCACUAAGGCCCCAGAUUAUCUGGCCACUGUGGAUGUUGACCCCAAGUCCCCCCAGUAUAGCCAGGUCAUCCACCGGCUACCCAUGCCCUACCUGAAGGAUGAACUGCAUCACUCAGGAUGGAACACCUGCAGCAGCUGCUUUGGGGAUAGCACCAAGUCACGCAACAAGCUGGUGCUGCCAAGUCUCAUCUCCUCCCGCAUCUAUGUGGUGGACGUGGGCUCCGAGCCCCGUGCUCCGAAACUGCACAAGGUCAUUGAGCCCAAGGAGGUCCAGGCCAAGUGCAAUCUGAGCUACCUUCACACCAGCCAUUGCCUGGCCAGUGGGGAGGUGAUGAUCAGCACCUUGGGAGACCCCAAGGGCAACAGCAAAGGGGGUUUUGUGCUGCUGGAUGGGGAGACCUUCGAGGUGAAGGGGACAUGGGAGCGGCCUGGGGGUGCUGCACCAAUGGGUUAUGACUUCUGGUACCAGCCUCGACACAAUGUCAUGAUCAGCACCGAAUGGGCAGCCCCCAAUGUCUUAAUAGACGGCUUCAACCCUGCUGAUGUGGAAGCUGGGCUUUAUGGGAGCCACCUACAUGUGUGGGACUGGCAGCGCCAUGAGAUUAUCCAGACGCUGCCUCUGAAGGAUGGGCUCAUUCCCCUGGAGAUCCGCUUCCUCCACAACCCAGAUGCUGCCCAGGGCUUUGUGGGCUGUGCCCUCAGCUCCACCAUCCAGCGCUUCUACAAGAAUGAGAGAGGUACUUGGUCAGUGGAGAAGGUGGUCCAGGUGCCCCCCAAGAAAGUGAAGGGCUGGAUGCUGCCCGAAAUGCCAGGCUUGAUCACUGACAUCCUGCUAUCCCUGGAUGACCGCUUCCUCUACUUCAGCAACUGGCUGCAUGGCGACCUUCGGCAAUAUGACAUCUCCAACCCACAGAAGCCCUGCCUCACAGGACAGAUCUUCCUUGGGGGCAGUAUUGUUCAGGGAGGCCCUGUGCAAGUGCUGGAGGACCAGGAGCUCAAGUGCCAGCCAGAGCCUCUGGUGGUCAAGGGAAAACGUGUGGCAGGAGGCCCUCAGAUGAUCCAACUUAGCCUAGAUGGGAAGCGUCUCUAUGUCACCACCUCGCUGUACAGUGCCUGGGACAAGCAGUUCUAUCCUGAUCUCAUCAGGGAAGGCUCUGUGAUGCUGCAAGUCGAUGUAGAUACAGUAAAGGGAGGGCUGAAGUUGAACCCCAACUUCCUGGUGGACUUUGGGAAGGAGCCUCUUGGCCCAGCAUUGGCCCAUGAGCUCCGCUACCCAGGGGGUGACUGCACCUCUGACAUCUGGAUCUGAAAUCCACCUCUCGGAGCCCCUCCUCCACAUUCUGAGCCCUCACUUCCAGGGGCCUGGCUUCACUCUGUGCUCUCUUGGCCCCCGACCCAAGGCGGUGUGCCCCACCAAAGCCAGAAACUGUUCAAACAUAUCAGGCAGCAUCUCCUUCGCACCACUCUUGCUUUUGCCCACUGUGCUGUUUUUACAUGAGCUCUCAGAAGCACCAAGAAAUAAACUGGUGAACCGUUCUCAGACCACCUUAU